AUGACCUGGGCCGAGAAGUACACUUUCCACGUGAUCGGUUCGCGGAAGGACCUUGAGUCCGAAGAACUACUUAUUGACCUCUCUUUUGCAUCUCCACUCACUGAAGUUGCGCUCAAGAUCCAAGAGCUGACGAAAGCAACGCGCAGAAUGAUACCCACAAAUCGAGCAGCAGCAUCAUCUCUCUUACGCUCUUCCACCCAUGUUUAUUCCAUUCCACGGACCUUGUUGGCCUCAGACGUGAGCAGUAGCACGAAACAUGCACGGACCUUCCAAACGAAGGCUUCUGUGAUGGAUUCCAUGGCGUGCCAACCUAGAAUGCUGGUACAGCCUGCUGUUUCACGGAGAAGAUUUGCAACUGCCGUUCAGAAUACCUUAUCACCUGAAAGAAAGCCACACUUUGACAAGAUACUGAUUGCAAACAGGGGGGAAAUUGCGUGCCGCGUGAUCCGCACCGCAAAGAAGCUGGGAAUAAAGACCGUAGCAGUAUACAGCGAAGUCGACGCAAACUCGCUGCAUGUACUAGAAGCAGAUGAAGCCUACUGCAUUGGCCCUGCGCCUUCAGCUGAGAGCUAUUUACGCAUGGACAAGAUAAUCGAUGUUUGUCAUCGAAGCGGAGCUCAGGCUGUCCAUCCAGGCUAUGGCUUCUUGAGCGAGAAUGCAAAGUUUGCAGAGCAACUAGCAGAAGAGGGUAUCGUUUUCAUUGGUCCUCCGUCCAGCGCUAUAGUCAGUAUGGGUUCGAAGAGUGAAUCUAAGAAUAUCAUGUCUGCUGCUGGCGUUCCAUGCGUCCCAGGUUAUCAUGGUGCAGACCAAGACGUCGACCUCUUAUUUGCAGAGGCCGAGAAGAUCGGUAUGCACCUUCAUCCAGCCCUUUCCGAAACCUUCCCGCUUAGCACGUUAUAUCACACAGGUUACCCAGUCUUGAUUAAAGCUAUUCAUGGUGGCGGUGGCAAGGGCAUGCGUGUCGUCUCAUCUGCAUCUCAGUUCAAGGACGCUCUCGCUAGCGCGCAGCGUGAAUCCUUGAAAAGCUUCGGUGACGCAGAUGUACUUGUGGAGAAGUAUAUUGAGCGUCCCAGACAUAUCGAAGUCCAGGUAUUUGCAGAUACACUUGGGAGUGCUGUAAGUCUUUGGGAGAGAGACUGUUCCGUGCAAAGAAGAAACCAGAAGAUUAUCGAGGAGGCCCCGGCGCCUGGCUUGAGCCCCGAUCUUCGUGCAGACUUAUCAGCGAAAGCGGUUGCUGCUGCAAAGGCGAGAAGUUCUACUUCAUGGAAAUGUGUGAACACUCGCUUGCAAGUUGAGCACCCUGUCACAGAGAUGAUCACUGGGCUUGACCUUGUCGAGUGGCAACUGGAAGUCGCAGCUGGUAAUCCUAUUCCACUUUCACAAGCACAAAUCCCUCUGGUUGGGCAUGCGUUUGAGGCUCGGAUAUAUGCCGAGAACCCGCGGAACGAUUUCCUACCUGACUCCGGGCCAUUAUUGUACCUUGACACGCCGAAACCAACUCAUGUCUUCGCCCCUCCUAUCCCAUCACUACCUCACGACAAUUUGUGCUCAGAACUGGACUCGGUGAAGCGGUCACCUGAUACCUCAACGCAUGUGGCACCGUCGAUGCGCUUAGAACAAGGGUUCACGCAGGGCGCACAGAUUGGCGUGUUUUACGACCCGAUGAUUGCCAAGCUGGUGGUACAUGGACGUGAUAGGACCUCUGCUCUUCGUGCUCUUCGUCGUGCACUUGAAGAAUAUAAAGUGGUCGGUGUCUCGACAAAUGUUGAAUUUUUGAGAAUGCUUGCUGGCAAUGGCGCAUUUAUCAAUGGAGAGGUUGAAACCGGCUUCAUCAAGAAACACUACGAAGACCUUUUCCCAGCUGACACAAGUCCCUCAGGCGAGUUACUGGCACAAGCAGCGCUGUUCGUCGCACUACGAGAACAUCCGAUUCAGUCUACAGGCCUUUCGACACCAUGGACAACACUGAAUUCAAGACGCUUUGGCGGAGAUGUUUAUGAGCGGACCAUUUCCAUCCAGCCCGAUGAUGCUUCCGCAGAUCCCACCCGAGUUUCUCUGGAAUCCAGAUCUCCAGGCUACUUCGACAUAACUGUUCACUCUGCCACGCCAAAGACAUUCACAGGUGUCUCGGCUCGCCUGGUUUCGCCCACUAGGUUGAGCACUACCUUGAACGGAUUUUCGACAGAGAUCACGAUCGUGUCGCAGCGCCCACCUUCUUCCCACCCUGUAUCACGCGCGACGAACACCAUGGAACGCCUGCACGUGUUCUCGGCGUCGGGAACUAAGACUACGUUAGCUAUCUCACCUCCUGCGUACCUCCUCUCCCUCGGCCAGGAUGUUCUCACCUCAUCCAAGGGCGCUUUGCGUGCGCCGAUGCCGAGCUUAGUAGUAGAAGUGAAAGUCAGCAUCGGCGAUCGCGUUGAGAAGGGUCAGCCAGUGGUGGUGUUGGAGAGUAUGAAGACAGAGACCGUGUUGCGUGCUGAGGUAACGGGUGUUGUGGAUGCGGUGGGGUGUGCGAAGGGGGAGAUGGUGGAGGAGGGACGGGAGUUGGUUAACAUCAAGGAAGAUGAGCAGUAG